AAAACUCCCUAGCCCAGUAGCCCUCCUAUUUGCUACGGAGUAUUUCCGUUCCAGAUUGAAAGCGGAACUGUGGAAAAGUGCCAAACUCUCAAACCCAAGCAGUAGCACGAACGGAAGUCGCCGAGAGAGAGGCCAGAAGGAAGUUGCGGAGAGAGAGAGAGACGCCGUCGCCCGCCUGCACGCUCAACUGCUUCUGCCCGACAGUCACCGAGAGAGAGACGCCGCUGCCCGCCAGACGCCACCUCGCCGGAAAUUCUCCAGCCUCCAGGUGCCAGAGUCCAGGUACGGAGGUCCAAUACCAUUCUAGGGCUCAUUAAUUGUUUCGGCAUUCCUAGCCCCCCUACACGCCCCCGCCCAUCAUCAUCCUCUUCUCUCGCGCUGCAUAAUGUCUGUGAUGAUAGUGACGAGCUUGGGAGAUUUAGUAAUCGAUUUGAUCACGGAUCGCUGUCCUCUGACAUGCAAGAACUUUCUGAAGCUGUGCAAGAUCAAGUAUUAUAAUGGUUGUCUGUUUCACACGGUCCAAAAGGAUUUCAGCGCACAGACGGGUGAUCCUACUGGAACAGGUUCGGGCGGAGAUUCAGUGUACAAAUUUUUGUAUGGUGAACAAGCUCGAUUCUUUGGUGAUGAAAUUCAUUUGGACUUAAAGCAUUCCAAGAAGGGAAUGGUUGCCAUGGCUAGUGCUGGGGAGAAUCUUAAUGCUUCCCAGUUCUAUAUCACACUGCGCGAUGAUCUGGACUAUCUUGAUGGGAAGCACACUGUUUUUGGAGAGUUGGCAGAAGGGGUUGACACAUUAGACAGGAUAAAUGAAGCUUUUGUAGAUGAGAAGGGCCGUCCAUUCAAAAACAUCCGAAUAAAACAUACUUAUAUACUGGAUGACCCUUUUGAUGAUCCACCCCAACUUGAUGAGUUGAUUCCAGAGGCUUCUCCGGAAGGGAAACCAAAGGAUGAGGUUGAUGAUGAUGUGCGCCUGGAGGAUGAUUGGGUUCCACUGGAUGAGCAAAUUGGAACUCAAGAGCUUGAGGAGGUUCUGCGUGCCAAGGAAGCACAUUCCCGUGCCGUUGUGCUUGAAAGUAUUGGGGAUAUUCCUGAUGCUGAGAUAAGGCCUCCUGAUAAUGUGCUCUUUGUUUGUAAAUUAAACCCAGUUACUGAAGAUGAAGACCUGUAUACCCUUUUCUCGCGUUUUGGAACUGUGACAUCUGCUGAAAUAAUACGAGACUACAAGACUGGAGAUAGUUUGGGCUACGCUUUUAUUGAGUUUGAGGAUAAAGAAGCCUGUGAACAAGCAUAUUUUAAGAUGGAUAAUGUUCUUAUUGACGACAGAAGGAUUCAUGUUGAUUUCAGUCAAAGUGUUUCGAAAUUGUGGUCCAGCUAUAGACGCAAGGAUCAGAUGAGUAAAGGAAGUGUUUGCUUUAAGUGUGGCUCUGUAGAUCACAUAGCAAAAGACUGUUCAGCAAAACAAAACAAUCAAAAAUACAUGCUUAAAGAGGCUAACCGGCAGCAUGGUGGAGGUGAUAACUCAAGGUUUGAAAUGGUAUUUGAUGAAGAUGCUACUGGUAGUCAAAGGGGAGAUAAAAGGCAUAGGGAUUGUGAAGCUGAAGAAGGUGAUCAGAAACAGAGAGCUAAACACAGGGGUUCAGAUGAUGACUUGGUCCGAGAUGAAGGAAAGAGAAUCCGACACGAUCACAUUGGACUUGGGCAUACGAGUAAGGAUAUCAAAGAAGACAGGCAUGGAGGAAGUACGGCCAAGUCAUCAUCAUCUCGCGGCGAAAGGGAGAGAAGAAACCGCAUGGGAAGCCCGUUGUGUGAUGAAGAGGAGAGAUCUCAUACAGGACGACAUAGGGCAAGCCCAUCAUCACGUGGUGUAAGGGAUAGCGAUCAUAGGGAAAUAAAUGACUCUGACCACAGAAUGAAAGGAGACCGUAGCCACAAGGAGAGGAGAGAGGAGGCAGAGAAUGGUAGGAGGGAUAGGAGAAGAGAGAAAGAGUACAACAGAAGAGAUGAUGACAUUAGGCGGGAUAAACAAGAGACCGAAAAUAGGGGUAGGAAAGAAGAGGCACAAUAUGAUGAUGGGAGGUAUGCCAAUGGUGGUGGUAGGUAUAGGGGGGACAAGGGGAAUACCAAAGACUAUGAAGAGAGACAUGGUGAUUAUUUAGCGCGUAAACGAAGAGCAAGCGAGCAAGAUCAUCAUCAUCAUGGAAAGAGAAGUUCAAAAGCUGACGACGCUUGUGAUGGCAGUAGAAGGCGUUGAUCAGUGUGUCCUCUGAGAUGGCAUGCAUUCAACUGUUAAAAUUCGAAAAUAUAAAAUGGUAUCGAACUUGAAAAGGAUACUAUGUUGUUUUGUUUCCUGGGAAAACUAAGAAGCUUCUAUUUUUGUAAACGAGGGUUUAGACUAGUACAACGUAAUUUUGUGUGUAAUUUUAGUACUUCCCCCCCCCACACACACACAAUAAUAGUUUCACUUCUCUUUUCUGUCCGACCCAAAAAAUGUUGCAUUAAAUUUCUCUCUUGCAUUGAUCUAUUGAUGCACAAUCUACUUUUCAAGUCAAACUGAGAUGGUUUUUAAGAGAUAUGAGUAUAAGCCUGGUUGUGAAUUGGAGGACCAAUAAGAACCUUUCUGCUGA